AUGUUGUUUGGACCGAUUGUCUUCCUGGUGGUUUGUUCUUGCCGUGAUUCCCGAGGAACAAUUAUUCCGAGGAAGGUCCUCCUUAGUGACGAUGAUGACUACUCAUCGGUGGAUAUCAGUGGCGACGGCACGAUCAUAAGUUACUUGGCCUCGGUGAACAACACGAUAAAUAUAUUCGUGAAAAAUUUGCCGAAUGGCACUGUUCACCAAUUGACCGACGAAACCAGCGAAGGCAUCGCCUCAUAUUUUUGGGCUAGCGACAACCGCACGAUCCUCUACAGCCGAGACUACCUGGGCGACGAGAACUGGAAGAUCUAUUCGAUAAACACUGUGAACAGGAAGCGAGCUGUGCUGGUCGACAUGUUCGGCGUUCGGUCGGAUUUGAUAUGCGCCAGUCCCCUAGUAAUGGACAAAAUCAUCAUCGGCAUCAACAACCGCAGCAGGAAGUUCAGCGACGCGUACACCGUGGACCUGGUGACCGGCGACAUGCAACUCACCUUUCAGAAUGACUACUACAGUGCCAUAUUCUGUGAUAUGCAGCUGAACAUCAGGUUGGGCGUGAACGAGACGACCGACGGCGGCAGGAGCUAUUUCCUGCUGGAGGUCGAUAACUCGACGCACCGCGCCGUGAUGUACAAGUCGUUCGACGUCGAUGACAGCAUCGGAUCGAUGUUUCUGAAUUUCGACAGAAGCGGCAACGUCUCCUACUGGCUGAACAACGAAGGAAGAGACAUAGCGGCUCUGGUCAGUGAGAACUUGGACAACGGGCAGCAGGAAGUGCUGCACACGUGCAAAGAAACGGAAAUACAGACGGUUCUGACGAUUCAGGCUACCGGGACACCGGCCCUCGUGUUCGAACGGUACUCGGUACUGGACGGAUACGUUCUGGUGCCAAAAAUUGAGCCGGCGUUCCGUCGGCUGAAGGAGUUCGUCGGCAACACUUCAGGAAUCAUGAUUUUAGGCACGUCGUUGGACUUCAAAAGGUGGAUUGUCAAGGUGUUCAGCGACAAGGAGCCUGGCGUUGUCUACCUGUAUGACCUGAACAACGAAGAACAACCGUUCACGCAACUUUUUCGCAGUUUCAAACAGGUAUUGCGAUACGAAAGGGCCACCAGCAAAGUUUUCUCCUUGACGACCAGGGACAACUUGACAGAAGUGUGUUUCUUCACUUUUCCUCCCGGCUCUCUUACGGAGGACGGCUACUCGUUGCGUCCUCUUCCUACGGUGGUCUAUGUCCAUGGCGGACCUUGGGCACAAGUGGAAUUGGGCUUCGACGUUACUGGCCAGCUGCUGGCCAGCAGGGGCUACUUGAUGAUUAAGUGCAAUUUUAGGGGAUCAACCGGCUACGGAAAACGGCAUCUGAUCGCAGGGAAUGGCGAAUGGGGUCGCAAAAUGCAGCACGACCUUCUUGACGCGGUCGACUGGUCCGUUGCCAACAACUAUACGGUGCGUGAUAGGGUCGCAGUGAUGGGCCAUAGUUACGGGGGCUACGCGGUUCUGGCCGCUCUCGCCUUUACACCUGACUUUUUUGCUUGUGGCAUCGACAUGUUUGGUCCAUCUAACUUGAUCACCCUAAUCAACUCGAUCCCGCCGUAUUACAAGCCGAUAUACUACAGUACCACGUACCGCAUCGGCGGCUCGCCAGACAGCGAAGAAGGGCGAGAAUUCCUCAAAAGCCGUUCGCCACUGUUCUUCGUGGAUCGCAUGAAAAAGCCGUUAUUAAUUGCCCAAGGCGGAAACGACCCAAGGGUUAAGCAACAAGAGUCGGAUCAAAUCGUAAGGGCCCUCGAGUCUCAGAACAUUACCGUAAUGUAUCUGCUUUUUCCUGACGAAGGCCACGGAUUUACCCGACGAGAAAACAUUCUUGCUUUAUGGGCCUUCAAAGAGCAUUUUCUUCAGCGCUGCCUUGGAGGAGAGGCUGAGCCGUUUGGAUCUGAUCUUGAAGGCUCCAGCGUACGAGUAAUGGUGCAGCAUGGGUACGUUAACGGAACUUCAUAG